AUGACAGUUCCUACCGACGGGGGCGAGGCUAUGCUGCCUUCCAAAAUUCCUUUCUGGCGCCUGAUCUUCGAACAAAAGAUCGUCACCGAGGAAGUCAUGCAAUUUCCAUACACAGGCUCAGGCACUGAAGAUGAUCCAUACGCCGUGGUCUGGAUCCCCGCCGACCCACGCAACCCCAUGAACUUCCGCUCGAUCAGGAAGUGGUCUAUCACACUCCUAGUAUCAUUCCUGACUCUCGCGGUGUCAUUGGUAUCAUCCGCAUUCUCAGGCGGAAUGAGCCAGAUCAUGGAGGACUUUGGUGCUUCCCAGGAAAUCGUCAUUCUAGGCGUAUCGCUCUUCGUCCUCGGAUUCGCUAUUGGACCAUUGGUCUGGGCACCCCUUAGUGAAAUCUUCGGCCGGAGACAUAUCUUUACCACCUCGUUUAUGUUUCUCACCGUGUUCAAUGCCGGUGCAGCGGGUGCAAAGAACAUGGAGACACUCAUUAUACUGCGUUUCCUAGCGGGUUCCUUUGGAUCUUCCCCCUUUGGAAAUGGAGGCGGUACUAUUGCAGACAUGUUUCCAGCGUCUCAGCGUGGUAUCGCUAUUAGUCUUUUUGCUGCUGCACCCUUCCUAGGACCGACAUUAGGCCCUGUUAUUGGAGGAUUCCUCGCUGCCGCUGGCGGCUGGAGGUGGGUGGAGGGACUCCUUGCUGCAUUCUCGGGUCUUCUCUGGCUUUGUAUCAUCUUCUUGUUACCGGAAACAUAUGCACCUGUCCUCCUACGUCGGCGCGCAGAAAGGAUGUCUGUCUUAACUGGCAAAGUCUAUCGCAGUCAGUUUGACAUCGAUCGUGGCCCCGCUCCUAUGGGUAAGACGCUGAAGACCGCUCUUUCCCGCCCGUGGAUCCUGCUCUUCUGUGAGCCAAUUGUGCUGCUUUUCUCCAUCUAUAUGGCAAUUAUCUACGGCACACUCUAUAUGCUCUUCGCCGCCUACCCAAUCGUCUUCCAAGAGGUCCGCGGCUGGAGCGAAGGUGUCGGCGGUCUCGCCUUCCUCGGUAUCCUCGUUGGUAUGAUGAUGGCCGUGAUAUACACAUUCCCCGAGAACUUCCGUUACGCCAAAAAGUGCAGCCAGACCACCGAUCGACUUGCCCCCGAGCUGAGACUACCCCCAAGCAUGGUCGGCGGUAUAGCCCUACCAAUCGGCCUAUUCUGGUUCGCCUGGACCAACUCGCCUAACAUCCACUGGAUGGUCUCAGUCGCAGCAGGAGCCCCCUUUGGCUUCGGCAUGGUCCUCGUCUUCCUGAGCGUGUUCAACUACCUCAUCGACUCAUACACGAUCUUCUCUGCGUCCGUGCUGGCCGCAAAUUCUGCCCUCCGCUCACUGUUCGGCAUGGCAUUCCCGCUUUUCACAACCUACAUGUACCAUAACCUGGGCAUUCACUGGGCCUCGUCGAUCCCAGCCUUUUUGGCGCUUGCAUGCGUGCCCUUCCCGUUCAUUUUCUACAAGUAUGGCGCACGUAUCAGAAAGUGCUGUAAAUACGCUUCUGAGGCGGAUGCCUUUAUGCGCCGCCUUGCCGAAAGGAACCAGGCCGCCCGCAGUGAACAACCUGGUGCGGAGAAUGAGAAGAAGACAGACUCAGUGGUGCAGGUAUCUGAUGAUGAGGAUUUUAGUGACACUAAUACUUUGUCUACGGUUCCGUCUCGUGGUACGAUCGCACGGUAUGCCUCUCGUGUGUCUCGGCAAUCUGGGCGGUCUUUCCAUCGCGUUGCAACUGCGACGCAAUACGAGGAGAAUCCUUAUGACUUGGAUCUGGUCAAUACUCGACAGUCAGCUAUCAGCCGCAAGGAUUGA